GGACACAAGGAGCAUGGGUGUCUUUACCUCAGGCGCUGAUAUCUUCCUAGGUCUCUGGGGGAUGUAUGUGUCUCCAAGAAGCCCUGGAUGGAUGGACUUUAUCCAACAUUUGGGAGUUUGCUCUUUUGUUGCUCUCAUUUCAGUGGGCCUCUUGUCUAUGGCCUUUUCCGGGUGUCUGUCCACAUUUAUCGCCUUUAGCUCCUCCUGGAUGGUCACUUGUGUUCUGCUUUGCUGCUCCAAGCAUGCACGAUGUUUCAUUCUCCUCUUCUUCCUUUCCUGUGGCCUGCGGGAGGGCAGGAAUGCUUUGAUUGCAGCUGGCACAGGGAUAGUAAUCUUAGGACACGUGGAAAAUAUUUUUCAUAACUUCAAAGGUCUCCUGGACAGUAUGACUUGCAACCUAAGGGCCAAGAGCUUUUCCAUACAUUUUCCACUUUUGAAAAAAUAUAUUGAAGCCAUUCAGUGGAUUUAUGGCCUUGCCACUCACCUAAGUCUAUUUGAUGACCUUAUUUCUUGGAACCAGACUCUGGCCGUCUCUCUUUUCAGUCCCAGCCAAGCCCUGGAGGCACAGCUAAAUGACACCAAAGGCCAAGUCCUGGGUGUCUUGUACCAGAUGGUGACGGCAACAGAGGUAUUGUCCUCCCUGGGACAGCAGCUCCUUGCCCUAGCAGGGCUUUUGCUGGUGCUACUUGGCACUGGCCUCUUCAUGAGGCGAUUUUUGGACCCUUGUGGUUGGAAGUUUGAAAAUAUCUUCAUCACUAAACAAUUUGUUCGGUUCGAUGAAAUGGAGAGGCAACUACAGAGGCCCUGUGUCCUCCCACUGAAUAAGAAGGAAAGGAAGAAACAUGUUGUCAUCCCAUCUUUCUGGCCGUCUCCUAAAGAGAGGAAGAACCUGGGGCUGUUUUUCCUCCCCAUUCUUACCCACCUCUACAUCUGGGUGCUGUUUGCGGCCAUAGAUUAUCUUCUGUAUCAGCUCAUUUUCUCAGUGGGCAAACAUUUCCAAGGCUUGCCAGGGCUGGAGGUCCACCUGAAACUGCACAGAGAGGAGCAAGGAACUCAAGACAUCAUACAUGACUCUUCCUUUAACAUAUCUCUGUUUGAACCCACCUGCAUCCCCGAGCCAAAGCUCCUUCUGUCUAAGACCUGGGUUCCUCUCAGCAUUAUUCUUGUGAUACUAGUGGUGCUGGGACUGCUGUCCUCCAUCCUGACGCAGCUUAAAAUCUUGGUGUCCGCGUCCUUCUACCCCACCGUGCAGACGGAGCGCGUCCGGCACCUGCAUGUGAAGCUCCUGAAGAAGAGAGCAAAGCAGGCACUGGGAGGAGGAAACAGUAAACAGAAUCUCUACUUUACAAAGGCAAGGCAAGCCAAGAUGGCGAUGUAAUCUGUAAUGAAGGAGACUUUGGGUUUGAAGGGCCAGUGGACUUGCAAAGCACUCUUCAAUUUCAUGUUAGGGUUCACACCCCUAGCAAUAGAUAGG